AUGUCCCAAGCCAGCACCCCAUGGGCUCGAAAAUUCCGUGACUCCCUGAAGCAAGGUGAACCAAACUUUUUAUCCUAUUUUGGAGCGCUGGAGGUCUUUGGCGGCGAACAACAGCUGCCUUCUGGUAUUCUCAGCUUACUAGAUAGCUGGUCUAGCAAUGGUACUGAGCAACAGAAAGCUGAGCGCCGAGCGGUGCUCAAAUUUAUGCGAACAAUGGCAGCUGAGUUGGGGUAUGGUUAUGGUGAUGCCUACCUUGCGGUCACUGAGACCAAGAGAACUACUCGUCUGGUGUUUAUCGCCCCUGAGAGCCAGAGACCUGGACAUGCGCCGGGACAACGCAAGGGCUACAAGAUGGGAGAAAUUCCAAAGAAGCCAGAGAAGAAACGACCUUCAGGCGUGGCGAGCAAACGCCCUGCGAAACGUGCUCGCAAGGACGGGCCAUCUGCCUCAACAGAGGACAAUGAGGAAGACGAAAGCUCGUAUAUGACCCCGAGAAGGCGAACCUGA